ACCUACCAAGCUUAUUGAAAAUCUAUAAAAAGAAUUUCAUUGAAGAUCCUUCCCGACCUAGUACUUAGUUUAAUGCGUUCUCUCUCUUCAGCUUCAGCCCUCUCCUUUUCUAACUUCACUGUUCCGAGAUACACAAGAUUCAUGGCUCAAUUAGAAGAUAACAACGCCGGGAAGAAACUCAUUCAAAUUGAUGUCAGUUCAGACACUGUCUGCCCAUGGUGUUUUGUUGGCAAAAGAAAUCUGGAUAAAGCUAUAACUUCAUCAAAGGAUAAAUUUGAUUUUGAGAUUAGAUGGCAUCCAUUUUUCCUUAAUCCUUCUGCCCCAAAAGAAGGAGUUAACAAGGCAGAAUUUUACAGAAGCAAGUUUGGAUCUCGGGCUGAACAAAUUAAAGCUCGGAUGACGGAGGUAUUUCGGGAUCAUGGCCUUGAUUAUGACAUGUCUGGGCUUACGGGGAAUACUUUGGACAGUCACAGGCUCAUAGCAUUUGCCAGACACCAGGGUCCUGAUAAGCAGCGUGCUCUUGUGGAGGAAUUGGGUUUGGGCUACUUCACACAGGGAAAGUAUAUAGGAGAUCGGGAAUUCCUUGUAGAAUGUGCUAGAAAGGCUGGAGUAGAGGGAGCAGCAGAGUUCCUUGAAGAUCCAAACAAUGGACUCAAAGAGGUUUACGAAGAGCUGGAGCAGUAUUCUGCAAACAUUACUGGCGUCCCAUACUUUGUGAUAAAUGGGAAACACAAGCUGGAUGGAGCCCAAUCGCCUGAGGUCUUCCUGAAAGCUUUUCAAGUAGCUGCUGACAAUAGCUAGCUUAUGGUUUCUAUUCUUUUAAUUCUGUAUUAGAGAAGAAACUUGCUUGCCUAUUCCGAAGACCUAUUCUGAAGAUAAAAUGGCUUGUUGGUGUACCAUUCUACUUACCUACAUUGUCAAAAACUUUGAACCUUAUCAGAUGUGUUGGUACUAAAUUCAUGGUAUAUAGGGGAUUGGCUUUGCUAGCCGGAAUAAAUGUACGACUGACCCAUAAAUGGAUUAUCCUGAUAAAUUAAUUUGUUUUCA